AUGUCAGACAAAGAAGAAGCCGGACCGUCGCUCAUCUCAGCAGAAGAAGCUCACAAUGUACCAUCAAUACCCGAUGCAUCGGUACCACUAACGACUUCAUACACGUACCACUCGCCCACGCCCACCGCCUCCGGACCAUACAUACUCGGAGUAGACGAAGCCGGUCGCGGACCAGUACUUGGUCCGCUCGUAUAUGGGGUGUCUUACUGUCCUGCUGCUUACAAGGAACAGUUGGAGGAGCUUGGUUUCGCUGAUUCGAAGACGCUUACGGCUGGAUCGCGGUCUUCGCUACUGGAUACGCUAUGCAGUGACCCGCCUAAUCUUGGCUGGUCAGUCCGCGUCAUGAGCCCGCAAGAUAUUUCAGCCGGUAUGCUCAGACGACCGCCCAUAAACCUCAACAAACAAUCUCAAGACGCAACUAUUCUUCUCAUCCGCGAAGUCCUACAACGAGGCAUCGAGUUGUCGGAGAUCUACGUCGACGCCCUAGGCCCCAUAAAACCUUACGAACAACUCCUCUCCUCCCUCUUCCCCGGCAUAUCCAUAACAGUCGCCGCCAAAGCCGACUCCAAAUUCAAGAUCGUCGGCGCCGCGUCCGUCGCGGCAAAAGUGACGCGCGACGCCUGGAUCGAGGGGUGGCUCUUCGACGAGGAGCAUCCUCUCGACGGUAAGAAGGAGUCGCGGUGGAAGGACGAGGAGCUGGGGAGCGGGUACCCGAGCGAUCCGAAGACCAAGGCGUGGAUCCAGAAGUGUAUGGAUAGGACUUUUGGGUAUCCGGGUCUUGUGCGGUUUUCGUGGACGACGGUUAAGGUCGUUAUGGAGAAGGAGACUCAUAAAGUGGCUUGGAUGGACGACGAGAACGUGACGCUGGCCAAAUCAUUCGCGUCGACAUCUGGGUUGGAUAAGGGCCGUUCGAACGUAACAAAGGACCUUGGGCUGAGCAGCGUCUCCACAUUAUAA